CCCUAGAGACCGCUCGACAGAAUGCAGGAGCUUCCAUUUUUAUCAGGUCAUCCCAUGAUGCACCGCGCCUUCAACGGCUUCAGUCAUUCAAGCGGCUUUGGCUUAGCUCUGGUGUACAGGAGAGCGUCUGUUCUGUUAGGCCAUCUGGGUUCGGGUAACCAGUGUCCUGAACCGGACCGGUCCCUGAACGGGGGUCUUUACUCUGUCGUUUCGAGCUGAACUUCCCCGUCCAUGCUUCAGGAAUCACCGGCCGUUGACGGGAAGCGAGCGUUUGGGCGGCAGAAGUGGUGCUGUCAGCGAUAGAACAGCAGAAAGCGUUAAAUACACAGACAUAACCCGACCGGAAAGAGAACGGUGGGAAUUUAAGAAUACUUUAAAAGCAAUUUGAUGGAUUUAGAGACCGGGAGAAACGAACUGGGAGCCAUGGGAGAGUCGCUGCAGCCGCAGACCCCCAGUCGCCACGAGAAAAGUCUGGGACUGCUCACGACUAAAUUUGUGACUCUGCUGCAGGAAGCGAAGGACGGAGUGCUGGAUCUCAAAGCUGCUGCAGAUACUUUGGCUGUAAGGCAGAAACGGCGCAUCUAUGAUAUCACCAAUGUUUUGGAAGGCAUCGGACUCAUCGAGAAGAAAUCCAAGAACAGCAUCCAGUGGAAGGGGGUUGGCCCGGGUUGCAACACGCGUGAAAUUGCAGACAAGCUGAUAGACCUCAAGUUGGAAUUGGAGGAUCUUGACAGGAGGGAACAUGAACUGGACCAGCAGAGAGUUUGGGUUCAGCAGAGCAUCAAGAACGUGACAGACGACUCGCUAAAUAGCCCUCUGGCAUUUGUAACGCAUCAAGACCUCUGCAACUGCUUCAAAGGUGACACUCUUCUAGCAAUCAAAGCUCCUUCAGGAACACAGCUGGAGGUUCCUGUGCCUGAAUCUCAUGUUAAUGGACAAAAGAAAUACCAGAUUCACCUGAAGAGCUCUGCAGGCCCCAUCGAGGUCCUGCUGGUGAAUAAGGACCCCUCUAGUUCUUCUCCAGUGGUGCUGCCCGUGCCCCCACCUGACGACAUGCUUCAGAGCCUUUCCAUCCCAUCUUCAACUACCUCUGCUGCUGCUGCCGCCCCAACCAAAGCAGCAGCCAACAGUACGCCAUCCUCCACUCCACCGGCCAGAGUCCCAGCUCCAUCACCACUGCCGUCACCACCGUCCCUCCAAAAACAACCACUGCCUCUGCUGCUGGGGCAGCUACAGACAUUUCAAGCACCUCCACUUCAGAUGCAACAGCCAAUCCGACGUCAACAGACACGCAGCAGCUUCAGUCUUCUGCGUCAUUGGACAGCAGCUCUUCACUUCCUGAUUCCUCAACCAUUUUUGAACCAAUCAAAACAGACCCUUCAGAUUUGCUGGAUCUCCCCAAAGAACUCGCCGAAAUGUUUGACCCUAAAGAAAUGAUGAGUACAGAUUUGCUUGAGGAGCUGAUGUCAUCAGAAGUUUUCUCUCCGCUCCUCCGUCUGUCCCCGCCUCCGGGUGACCAUGACUACAUCUAUAACCUGGAUGAGACGGAGGGCCUUUGUGACCUCUUUGACG